UCACCGCGCAUGCCUUUUGGGUCCAAUAUCCGGGGUCUUUCUCUUCGACUCGAAUCUGCUCAAAAUGGCGGACGAACAAGCUGCCCUGAAGAAGAAGCGUACCUUCAGGAAGUACACCUACCGAGGUGUGGACCUGGACCAGCUUCUGGACAUGUCCAGUGAGCAGCUGAUGGAGAUGAUGAAGGCGCGCCCCCGCCGGCGGUUCUCCCGCGGCCUGAAGAGGAAACAUCUCGCUCUCAUCAAGAAGCUGCGCAAGGCCAAGAAGGAGUGCCCCGCCCUGGAGAAACCCGAGGUGGUGAAGACGCACCUGAGGAACACUGUCAUCGUUCCCGAGAUGAUCGGCAGCAUCGUGGCCGUCUACAACGGCAAGACCUUCAACCAGGUGGAAGUUAAGCCUGAGAUGAUUGGGCACUACCUGGGGGAGUUCUCCAUCACAUACAAGCCGGUGAAGCACGGCAGACCUGGUAUCGGUGCCACCCACUCCUCACGGUUCAUCCCGCUCAAGUAGACACCAUGGGGCCAUAGCAUAGUUACCAACAAUAAAAACUGAAAAUAUCACACA